CGUGGAGGACGGCGGCUGGUCGUGGAGGGCGGCGGCUGGUCGUGGAGGGCGGCGGCUGGUCGUAGAGGACGGCGGCUGGUCGUGGAGGACGGCGGCUGGUCGUGGAGGACGGCGGCUGGUCGUGGAGGGCGGCGGCUGGUCGUGGUCGCUGUGCUAGUUUCCCGCCUAAAAUUACCUUGACCAGCUAAACCAUUUACGGUUUUCGUUUUCUGUUAUAUAGUAUUUACAAGAACACGGAGAACGGACCCCAGCUCGGCAUGCCUGUCAAUACCAGCAUCUCCACUCCGGACGGGGUCCCCGAGGGAGACGCUGGCGACGCUCAGUUGGCCCUGGUGGAGGACGUCGCCUACCGCUACAUCAUGCCGGCUUUCAUCUCCGUGAGCGUCUUGACCAACUUGAUGAACGUGGUGAUGCUGGGACGGGCGAGGCGACAGCAUCAACAGCGGCAGGCUCAGGCCACCACCUUCUUCUACCUCAUGUGGCUCGCCCUUACCGAGAUGCUCGCCUCACUCGCCCUUGUGCCAGCACUCGCCCACCUCGACCGUAGCCACCUCUCCUACGGCUGGGCCUUCUACUACGCUCAUUUUGAAACACCGGUGCUGAACGCCCUGACGAGCGCCAGUGUUUAUAUUGUAGUGGGUCUCUCAGUGGACCGCUACAUCGCCGUGUGUCAUCCUCGGCGCUACCAGGAUGUCAGCGCCCCCCGCCUCGCUGUCAGCCGCAUCACGCUGUCGCUACUCGUCCCGGCUCUUCUCUACAUCCCUCAUGGCUUCUACCAGAAAGUUGUAGCUGCCCAGGGCGGAGCAGGGUGGACCUACGAGGGGCUGGAGAUGGCCGCCCCCAGGGCCUGGUACGCGUGGAACGUGGUGGUGGAGCUGUGUCACCGCAUGGCUCCCGCCACACUCCUAGCCGCCCUAAACGCCUGCAUUAUCUACACCUUCAAGAAGGUGACGUCGCGGCGGAGGCUCCUCACCAAGAGCAAGGGCACUGAGAGCACCAACAAGAGCGAAGACAACAGCAAGGGCCAGCAGGAGCACCGCCUCAUCUACUUACUGAUGGCCAUCGUCACCACCUUCCUGCUCACCAACCUCCCAGCCACAGUCCUCGCCCUCAUAGACACCGCCGGUGCCUCUCACGGCUCCUUCUCACUCGAGGUGUUCCGGGCAGUGGCCAACUGCCUCGAGGUGCUGGGUUUCUCUCUCAAUUUUGUCUUGUACUUCGUCUUCGUGCCUGGGGUGCGCCAGGGACUGAAUGAGGCGCUGCUGGUGGUCCGAAAGUCAGUGUGUGGUUUGGUUGUCCAUGCUAAGGCCGCCCACGGCUGCUCCUACUCCUUCGGCGAGGACAGAUCCAAGGACACCGAGUACGACGAGGUCUAGGAUGCGAGGACAUAGAAUGAAGGAUAUGUGGACCUGCAGUGAUGUAAGGCAUAUGGACAUAAAAUUGUACAGUAGUGUAAGGUAUGUGGACAUGAAGUUAUUCAGUAGUAGAAGUUAAGGCGUGUAGACAUGAAAUGGUUCAGGAUAUAGAGUAAUGUACGAGUACAGUAACAAAAGAACAGUCUUGUAUAUAAUUAUUAACGAUAUUUGGUCAAAUAUCGUUAAUAUUUGACAACCAGACCGACAACCAGAGCGCAACACCAGAGUCUCCCGAGACUAAUGGAUGCCUACUACUAUUAUUGGUCAAAUCGUAUACAGGCAUUUCGUAUACAUCGUAUAUGAAAUCGUAUACAGGCACAGCCCUUAUUCUAAUUUGUCAAGGUAUAUAUUGUUAGGGGAGGCUGGAAUAAGGCGCGCUGAGAAUCACUAGGUUAGGUUAGUUUCGGUUAUAUUAAGGGGAGUUUGGUUAGGCUGGGUUAAGUAGAUUUAAAACAAAAAAUCAGUUUCCAAUCAUUUUUAUUUACGAAAUAGUGUCUUUGUCACCCAGACGCUGAUGCAUCAUACACUUACGCUGCAUACUUGUAUCACAUACAAAUCAGCAGGCAUACAUCAGUUGUGUGUGAUAUGUCACAAAUGCUCUUUCUGACGAACCAUAUUCUUACUAUUAUUAUCAGUAAUGGCGUAUUGGUAUGCAUCCAUCAGCCUCAGGAGACUAUGGAGUUGUGCUCUGGUUGUCGGUUUGGAGUGGCCUCUCCAGGGCGCAAAGCCAGGGUAGGUUGAUACGGGGAAGAAGCUGUCACCCAUGCAGCAGGGCGUCCCUCUCCACGGC